AUGGGGAAGUACGACGACCUGCCUUUAGCUGACAGAGGUCCUAUCAAGGUGCCUUACAAAGGUCGCGCGUUACUCAAUGAACCAUACUACAACAAGGGUACUGCCUUCUCCCAUAAUGAAAGACACAAACUUGGUCUUAAUGGCAUGCUGCCGACAAAUCUCCAGAUAUUGAAGCAGCAGGUCGAUCGGGCUUACGAGCAGUACUCCGAACUAGAAACAGACCUCGAGAAGAACACUUUCAUGACAUCCCUGCAGGAGCAGAACCUUGUCCUCUACUUUCGGGUUAUCCAAGAACACCUGAAGGAGAUGUUCAGUAUCAUUUACACGCCGACGGAAGGUGCAGCUAUCGAGAAUUACUCGCGAGUGUUCCGACGAGCGGAUGGAUGCUUUUUGACGAUCAUGCAUCCUGACGAGGUCGAAAACCGUCUGAGCAAGUUCGUUGUCCCUGGUGCGGACGAUGGUGGCGUCGAUUACAUCGUCGUUUCUGAUGGGGAGCAAAUCCUAGGCAUCGGUGACCAAGGCAUCGGUGGUAUACUGAUUAGCAUUGCCAAACUUGCCUUGACAACUAUCUGUGCUGGUGUACAUCCUGACCGAUGCCUCGGAGUUGUCCUUGAUACAGGCACCAACAAUGAAAAACUGUUGAAGGAUGAUCUUUACUUAGGCGUAAAACAGAACAGAGUUCGAGGCAAACAGUAUGACGAGUUUGUGAAUAGCUUCGUUAAGAGUGUCAAGAAGCUUUUCCCGAAAGCCUACAUUCACUUCGAGGAUUUCGGAGUUCAUAAUGCUCGACGAUUGCUGAACGAAUAUCGAGGAGAGCAUGCUGUUUUCAACGACGAUGUGCAAGGUACAGGCUGUGUCACAUUAGCCUCAGUCAUGGCUGCUGCCAAACUUAGCGACAUCAAACUUGGCGACCUGAGGGUGCUCUCGUAUGGCGCAGGUAGUGCAGGUACUGGUAUUGCGGAACAAAUUGCUGCGGCUGUGGCCAACAAUGCAGGCAUCUCAAAGGAGGACGCCAAAAAACAAAUGUUCUUGGUCGACAAGCAGGGACUAUUGCUCGAUGACGAUGAUAGCUUGUCUAUCGCUCAGAAGCCAUUCGCUCACCCUGCCUCGAAGUGGUCUCUAUCAGAUGAUGAGCGUAAAGACCUCAAAACCUUGAUCGGCAAGAUCAAGCCGCAUGUCCUUAUUGGAACUUCUACAAACCCUGGUGCAUUUACUGAAGAUGCUGUGCGGGAAAUGGCAAAACAAGUCGAACACCCUAUCAUCUUCCCAUUGUCCAAUCCUACCCGACUGCAUGAGGCCAAACCAGAAGAUCUCAUCAAAUGGACAGAUGGCAAGGCGUUCGUCGCCACAGGAUCGCCCUUCCCACCUGUCAAGUACAAUGAUAAGACUUAUGAAAUUGCGGAGUGCAACAACAGUGUUUGCUUUCCGGGAAUAGGUUUAGGUUGUGUUUUGGGGAAGACAAAGCUUCUGUCAGAUGGCAUGCUCGUCGCUGCUGUGAGUGCUCUAGCAGAUGAAACACCAGCUGUUAAACAAAAUGACCCUACGAAAGAGCUAUGCCCGGGCGUCGAGCAAGCAAGAGAUGUCAGCGUGAAGAUUGCUAUGGGUGUGCUCAAGCAAGCAGCCAAGGAGAAUCUGUUAGGAGUUCAGAAUGUGCCUCUUGAUAAUGAUAAAGAGCUGGAGGAGUGGGUCAGAGCACAAAUGUGGGAUGCGUCUUACAGAGAGCUCGUCUUCGAAGAGGGUAAAGGAACAGCGAAGACGGAUUCCUGA